AUGGAAUUUCAGAAGCGUGGACUCCCACAUGCUCACAUAUGUUUGUUCUUGGGUGCUGAAAGCAAUUUUCCAAAUGCAUCUAAUAUUGAUCGUGUUAUUACUGCUGAGAUACCAGAUAAAGAAACAGAUCCUGAAUUAUAUGAGCUUGUCAAGCAAUUUAUGAUUCAUGGACCAUGUGGUUCUAUCAAAUAUUUGUUUAAAUAUAUUAAUAAGGGGCCUGCUAGAGUCACUGUUUCUGUUUUUCAAGCCAAUAGCACCAAGAAUAAUACGGAACAGAAUGUAGCUGUAGAUGAGAUAAAGGCAUACCUUGAUUGUAGAUAUAUCUCUGCUUGUGAAGCUGCUUGGAGAAUAUUCAUGUAUGAUAUACAUUAUAGAUAUCCAGCUGUUGAAGUAUUACCUUUUCAUUGUGAAGAUGGUCAGAGUAUUGUGUAUAACGAUCAUAAUAAUUUGUGUGAUAUUGUUACUGAUCCAACUGUGAAAAUGACAAUGUUUACAGAGUGGAUGAAUUGUAAUAAAGUCGAUGAAUUUGCCAGGACAUUGAGGUAUGUUCAGUUUCCAGGAUAUUAUGUAUGGAAUGCUAAAAAUCGCAAAUGGAAUCGAAGAAAGCAUUCGUAUGGAUCAAUUGGGAGGGUACAUUAUGUCCCACCAUCACUUGGUGAUUGUUAUUACCUAAGGAUUUUACUGAAUCAUAUUAAGAGACCAACCUGUUUUGAAGAUAUAAAAACAGUUGAUGGGCAAGUUUUUCAAACAUUUAAAGAUGCAUGUUUUGCAUGGAGGCUAUUGGAUGAUGAUAAAGAAUAUGUUAAUGCUGUCAAAGAAGCUAGCACAUGGUCAACCAGAUAUUUCUUGAGGACCUUUUUUAAUGUUGUUGCUGUCAAAUUCGAUAUCUCGUCCUGCUCUGUUAUUGGGAAAAAACUAUUACUUUUUUCAACAUUUGUUUUAGAUUUGGAUCUUCAACAGGAAGAACUUGAAAAUAUCUGUCUAUCUGAAAUUGAAAAGUUGCUACUUACCAAUGGAAGUACAGUGAGAAAUUUUGAUGAUAUGCCAAGUGUUCCGGACAAUUAUGUUUUAUCAUCGAACAAUCGAUUGAUAAUGAAAGAAUUAUCGUAUGACAGACUAGCUCUUCAAAGGGAACAUGAUCGUUAUGUUAAGUGUUUAACUUCCGAACAGGAAAAGAUAUAUAAAAUUGUUAUGGAAGCGAUUGAAAAAGGUGACAAAGAUUCCAGCAAAGUUCCAGUCUAUCUAGAUCUCGAUGAACUUGACAGUUACCCAACUCCAACCAUAGUCAAGAAGGAGGCUCCUGCUGCUACUUGCUCCAAGCCACUCCCAGCUCCCAAGGCCAACCCAAGGACCCGCGCUUCCACAGCAAAAAAGAGAAAGGGUCUUGAAGUCAGUGCUCCAAGCUCAGAAGGUUAUGGUGGAACUGGAAAGACGUUUCUUUGGAAGACAUUCUCAGCUGCAUUACGAUCAAAAGGUGAAGUUGUAUUGAAUGUUGCAUCCAGUGGAAUUGCUUCACUUUUGCUGGAUGGUGGUAGAACUGCUCAUUCAAGGUUUGUAAUUCCAAUCAACAUUAAUGAGAAUUCAAUAUGUUCGAUAGAGCCUAAUACUGAGUUAGGUGAUUUAAUUAAAAGAGCAACAUUGAUUAUUUGGGAUGAAGCACCUAUGACUCACAAACAUUGUUUUGAGGCUCUUGAUAGAACAAUGAGAGACAUAUCACGUUCCAGUCAACCGAACAUGCAAUCAAAGCCGUUUGGGGGAAAGGUCAUUCUAUUUGGUGGUGAUUUUAGACAAAUUCUUCUGGUCAUCCCUAAAGGUACCAGAACAAUGAUAGUCAAUGCUUCUUUAAAUUCUUCUUAUAUAUGGCGGCACUGUAAAGUACUAAAGCUAACUGAGAAUAUGAGAUUAAGAGUUGGUUGUCAGGAAGCAGAUUUGAAAGAAAUAAAGGAAUUUGGAGAAUGGAUUUUAAAGCUUGGUGAUGGUCUGCUUGGUGAAUAA